CUUCGCUCCAGAAACAGCUGAGCAGUCUGAAAUGACAUGGACGCCAACCUCGUCCAGUAUCACAACAACUGCCAAAGAAACAGAUGCUGAUAUGGACUUCAUGGCAUUGGAGCAGACUGUGAGCACCAGACUGGACAAUUUAUACCAAGCAGGAGGUCUGCAAAAAGACGAAGCAGUGACAUUACCCAAUGGUCACUUGGCCAUGAGCCAGCCUGCACCAUGGGCCACAUCAGUGGUUCCCAGGUCACAGCCUGUUCACAUACAAGUAAAAAGGCAGCUAAAAGAGGAGGAGCUUCAAACAACAUCACUCCCAACUAUCCCGAAUCCUUUCCCCGAACUCUGCAGCCUGUCAAAUUCCCCAAAUCUCAGCAAUGAGUUCAAACCUCCAGCAAGUGGAGGCACCCGCGUUAUUACUAUCUUCAGUGAAGAUGGAAUGAAGAGGUCACUCGAGGUCACAGCUGCAGUGAAAGCUCGGGAUGUUUGUCACAUUCUGGUCGAGAGGAACCGCUGUCUUGAUGAGGGUAACUGGACCCUGGUGGAGGCUCACCCUAACAUUGCACUCGAGAGGUGCCUGGAGGAUCAUGAGUCACUGAUUGAGGUGCAGAAAUCCUGGCUGAUUAACAGUGGCAGCAGGUUCAUCUUCAGAAAACAUUAUGCAAAAUAUGAAUUCUUCAGGAAUCCCGAGCCAUUUUUCCCGGUGCACUUGGUAGCAGGAACCCUGGAUGCAAACGCAGGAGUUUCACACUCACAGCUUAUACAGAAUUUUCUCAAUGCUCAGAACUGUCCUGAGAUUCAGGGGUUUCUCCACGUUAAGGAUAAAGGAAAGAAAACUUGGAGACGUUUGUAUUUCUUCCUGAGGAGAUCUGGGCUGUAUUACUCCACUAAGGGAAUGUCCAAGGAACCGAGGCACCUUCAGUAUUUUGCUGAUGUGAAUGAGAGUAACAUUUACACGGUAACAAACAGAAAGAUGUACAACACACCAACGGAUUUUGGAUUCUGCAUCAAGUUUCACAGGUCGGAUAAUGGCCGGAGUGAUCUGGGAGUGCUGUGCUCGGACGAUGAGCAAAGUCGCACGUGUUGGAUGACAGCAUUCCGCCUCUUCAAGCUGGGUGAGCAACUCUGUCUCAACUAUCAGAUAAUGCAGCAAAAGAAGAAACCGCAAUCCUGGAUCCAGCCAUCCAUCAUGACAAAUGUUUCGGAGAGUUGCCUGGUUCCAAUGGAUUUCUCGGGAUGCACAGGGCGAGUGAUUCAGAACGCAAAAGAAGCUUCGUCAGUGGCGGAGGAGGAAGCUCAGGCUUGGAGGAAGAAGGGAGUCCAGAGGCACAGCUUGCCCAGUCCGUGCCAAGGCUCAGUACUCAGUGCAGCAAUACACAGCAGUCAGCCCUGGUUUCAUGGACGGAUCUCAAGGGAAGAAGCACACAGACUGAUUAUCCAACAUGGCCACAUUGAUGGUGUAUUCCUGAUUAGAGAGAGCCAAAGGACACCCAAAGGGUUUGUGCUGACCCUCAGCCACCACCACAAGACCAAACACUUCCUGGUUGUUCCGUGCGAGGAAGAUGGUCAAACAUACCUCACUGUGGACACCGGGCAGACCAAAUUCACCGACCUCAUUCAGCUGGUGGACUUCUAUCAGAUCAACAGAGGCGUGUUACCCUGCAGCCUGAAACAUUACUGUACCCGUGUGUCACUGUAACCAUGGCCUUUCCCUGUCCACCGUCAAACACUGCCUUGCCUACCUGCCCUAUUUAUGCACUAGCUGCACAGCACUGGUUCCUUCACCCCUCCUCUCAGUGAUUUACUAGUUAAUCUGCAGAGUUCAGCCAGGGUGCGGUUACAGUGGAUGUGAAGGAAUAUCUCAUUCUUACCUGUCGUUCAAUUUCUUAGCGACUUUUCGAAGAAUUUCACAAUUUUUUGAAACGCUUUCAGAUCUCACCUUCCUGAAUAUCUAGGUGGUUUGUCAGUCUGAAGGUCAUGGAAAUCACGGGUUGAUCCUUUUGGAAAGGUUUUGUGAUUUAGGAUCACAAGACUAACAUUGCUUUUAGGGUAGAAAAAUAAGUCGCGGUAAAUAGAAACAUUAUUUAAUCAGAAUUGUCUCUUGAGGAAGAGGGUGAAAAGACAGAAGUCUCCAGAGAGAGAGAGAGAGAGAGACCAGUGUGAGACCAGUUCUCGUGUGUUUAUCAGUAAUGUGGGUAACUGCCCCAGUGGAAAGCACACAACACGCAUAUCGCACGAUCAAAUCCCGAUUCCAUAUCCCAGAGGCUUGUCCAAACACAACAUCAGAGCAGUCUCUGAAACACACACACACACACACACACACACACAACUGUACAAUACCAAGUGGCAGUCAAUUCCUUUUACCUGCAGAACACUCUUACCUGUAAAACAGAAAACAUUUUGUUUAAUUGAUGCAAUCAGCACUAAAAAAUCAGAAAUGCUAUAAAUAUUACAUGGAUCUCUCCUCCACCCAGCUUGUGUGAUUGGAAUAUAAACAGUGCCUAGAGACUGUCAACCAGGGCAAUGUAUCCUCCAAAGCAGAGAGAGACAGAUGAGGAUGACCAGGAGAGAGAGGAACAGAAUGUUUGGGCUGGAGGAGAGUGUGACUGGCACCAAUGAUUGUGGUACUACAGCUGUGAAGAGAGAGUGAGCACUAGUGAGGGCUGGACUCGGAGAGACUGAGCAGGAUUGAGCGAGUUUAUCUGAUGUCAUUGAUUAUUUGUAUCUAGUUCUCUACACUGCACAGUGUUAAAGGAGCUUGAACACAACACUGCAUCGGUUUGUUUGAAUCUUCACAUUUAGGUAAUUUAAAUAUCUUUACUGUCACAGAAUGAUUUUUGUCAGAAGUAUGAACUGUGAAUGAUGCCAGUCUGACCUUCAGUCAGGUGCAGCCUCUGUAGGUAUCACAUUGCUCUGUUGUGGGGAUGUGGGAGACACUGGGAAAGCCAGCAGUUACUAUCCCUCAGUAACUAACCCUAACUGAGUUGCUAGCUCAGCCUUUUCAGUUCAUAGAUAAGCAUCGGUCAUGUGGCUGGAGAUUGCAUUAGCUGGGUAAAGAUGGCUGGUUUGUUUCUGUAAACUGCUGUAGUAAACCAGAUGGAUUUUUACAACAAUUAAUGAUAAUUUCAUGGGCUAAAUGUCACUCUUUCUCCAUAAAUUAAAUUCUACUAGCUGCCGUUGGACAUUAAUGAGUCUCUGAGUUAUUAUUUCAGUGAUAUUAACAUGUUUCUCUGAUUGUGUGGGAUUCCCUGUGAGUUAGUUAAAGCUAUCUCCUCAUUGUGACCAGAGCAAUUAAAUAAAGACAUUUUCAGUAUCAUAACCGUUUAAUCCUUCCAGUGAGGUUCAUUAUAGUCUAGUCGAGGCCAAAGUGAGACCUCAGAAAGUGCCAAACCUGUUAAUGUAACUUGUUAUUCCCUGCUAUUGUCAGAUAUGUAAUUUGUUUCCAAUAAUCAAUAACUGAGACUUGACGUUGCAGGAGGGCGGUUUCAUUUCCAGUAGUUUUAAUGAGCUGGAGCAGAGAAUGGACUAUAUUUCCUCACCUGUCUGCAGCCUGUUUCUAUUUCAGAGAAGCAGGAACAACAGAAACAAGACUCUGCAGUGGUGUCCUGUAAACAGAAGCUGGGAGUUCCCUCCUGUUCAUUGGACUGAAAGCUUGGACCACUGUCAAUAUCACAUGUGGUCAGUAUCCAAAUCCAUGUCAACACAAAAAUGGCAAAGACGCAGGGCAGAACCUUCGAACAACUGAACAGUAUGGGCAAUGGGGAGAUAUUGGGCCAAACCCACCACAUCAUUCCCAAUUUAAACAUAGAACAGUACAGCAAGGAACAGGCCCUUUGGCCCAUCAUGUCUGUACUGGCCAGGAUGCCAUUCUAAAUUAAUCCCAACUGCCUGUACAUGCUCUGUUGCUCUCUCUUCCCUACCUGUUUAUGUGUCUGUCUGAGUGCCUCUUAAACAGUACUAUUGUAUCUGCCUCUACCACCUCCCCUGACACUGUGUCUGGGCACCUACCAUCCUCUGCGUAAAACCCUUGCCUUGCACAUCUUUAAACAUUCCUAUCCAUGCCUUCAUAAUUUUAUAUCCUUCUUUCAGGAUCCCCUCAACCUCUGACAUUCUAGCGAAAACAAGUUUAUCUAACCUCUCCUCAUAGCGAGUACACCUCAAUCCAGGCAGUGUUCUGGUAAAUCUCAUUUGUACCCUCUCCAAAGCCUCCAUGUCCUUUCUAUAGUAUGGGACCAGGACUGCACAGAAUAUUCCAAAUGGGGCCGAACUAACAUUUUAUACAAUUUGUUGAAGCAUAAUGGUGAGAUUCUUGCCAGGGAGCAAUGAGUUCCCAAUUAAUGUCCUUUUUUUUGGUAACAGCCAACUUACCACGGGUUGCAAUCUUUCCAAACUAGCCAUACAAACUCAACAUCAGAAAGCUUGACAUGGGAACCAGAGCAGGAACCUGGCAGCUCCAAACAACCUCCAUGUUGCCCAGAGGCAAGAGGAGGGCAAGACCCAUGAGCACCUUCCAUGUACACACUCUUUCAUCACACACACUUACACCAGACCUUCACACUUACACCAGACUUUCACAAAGCUAUUGCCACCAUUUAUGCAAUACCCUGAAUCCCACAUUUGUGAAACAGCGGCCAUGCAGGGAGAAGCACAGUCCAUGGAGUGGACCAUGCUGCUUACCAGGCCUGCCCCCUUUACCUCUUGGUGCACACUCACCUGGUGCCUACUAGCAUGGUUGCAGCAUACCCUGCCCUGCCAUACCCUGCCCUGCCACACCCUGCCCUGCCACACCCUGCCCUGCCACACCCUGCCCUGCCACACCCUGCCCUGCCAUACCCUGCCCUACCACACACUGCCCUGCCAUACCCUGCCCUACCACACACUGCCCUGCCACGCCCUGCCCUGCCAUACCCUGCCUUGUAUACCCUGUCCUGCCAUACCCUGUCCUGCCAUACCCUGUCCUGCCAUACCCUGCCUUGCCAUACCCUGCCUUGUAUACCCUGCCCUGUCAUACCCGGCCCUGCCACACCCUGCCCUGUCAUACCCUGCCCUGCCAUACCCUGCCCUGCCACACCCUGCCCUGCCACACCCUGCCCUGCCAUACCCAGCCCUGCCAUAUGCUGCCCUGUCGUAAGAAAUAGCAACAAUAGUAGACCAUUCAGCCUAUCCAAUCUGCUUUACCAUUCAAUAAAAUCAUGGCUGAUCUGACACUUCUCACAUCCACUUUCCUGGCCCCCUCAAUCAAGGAUCUAUUGAUGUCAGUCUUAAAUAUACAGUUUGGAGUCCGGUCUGACAGCUCUCCCUGGCAAAAAAUUCCAAAGAAUCACAACCCUCUGAAAUUCCUCCUCAUCUCAGCCUUACGUUGUGCCUCUUUAUUCUGAGACUAGCUGCUUGGCCCUGGACUCUCCCACGAGGGGAAGCAUCCUCUCAGCAUUGACCCUGUUCUGUCCUGCUUUGAAAUGUUACCCAACCAGCCUGGAGGCCAUGCUGUGGGCUGGCACCAAAUCUUCUUGUAUGUCAGUGUCACCUGGCAGCUGCAAUCAGAGUCACACUGCAUCGGCUGUUAGGGGAGGGGGCCACAGCUCAUUACAGGAGGGCCUCGUCAGUCAGAGUGGAUUGGCAUUGGGGAGUCAGGGUAAACUCCUGUGGCAGUCCCAAGCGUCUGCCUGGU